AUGGGUAUUACAAAAAAGUUGACGGACUUGAAGAUAACGCCAAGUUCCAAUAAAAUGAUUGACAGAAUCAUAUCACACGACGGUGUCUUUUAUCGGUCAGAACAACGUGAUACGCCCGAUUUGACAAUACAAGAAAAAAGGGAAUUGCUGGAAAAUUUGUUUAUGAAAAACUCACACGUAUUCAUGGGACGUUAUCACAGAUAUUUAACGGUGGAAGAUUGCGACUGUUUUGAUCAGAAUGAUUACGAAAUUCAGUGUUAUAUAAAAUCAGUCAUAGAAAGAUGUAAAGAUAUGGAUGCCAAAAAGCGGAAGAACGUAAGACUUCGAAAUCAACGUUAUGCAGAAUUACUGCGGUUAAAGAGAGAAACAGAUUAUUUUUCGGAUAAAAAAAUGCGAGAACGCGAACCACUUCUUUUUGACAAAAUGAUUGGCAGAUUUUUACCAGAAGAAGAGCAAAUUUACCUUCGACCAACUAUUGAAAAUGAGUCUCUUUCUGGUGUUUUUAUGCAAUUUGAAGAUUCCCAAAUCAUUUCAAAUCGACGAAAUACUCAUCUGAAUGAUUGGAAUGAUUUUUUAAAGUAUGAUAGGAAGAAUAUAUCGAAGCUCGGUGACUUAGUGCAACAUGCAAGAAGCCGGUUUUGUGAAGAGAUGGAAGAUGAUAACGACGAAAUGAAGUCCGAUGACGGCUAUAAAGAAGUUGCUGAUGGUGAUCCUAAACCAACUUCCAGCCGUACGAUGGAAGAAGAUAUAACUUUGGAAUCAGAUGAAGAUCACGAUCAGGAACAGCUGAGAGCAGACUUCAUUGACCACAUGGAACAACGGUUCUUAAGAGGUGACGAUGCGGAAUUUUACGACUAUUCUCUUAUUGACAACGUUAUGACAAAGGAGUAUGAACGGAUGUACGAUCGAGAUUUAGAGGAUGCAUAUUUCGAAAAUGAUUAG